AUGACGGAAACUUUUCAAUUGCUUUCGCAUGUAUCUGCUUUUCCGCCAUCAGCAAUGGCAAAAUAUACAAGUCUACUCGGAUUUUGCUAUCAGUACGGAAUAGGAGCACCAUAUUUAUAUGGAAAAGCAUUCGAACUCUACAAUGAUGCUGCAGGACUUGGGGACGGAUUCGCGUUAACGCAAGUAGGAAUGUGCUUUCGUCUCGGUUCUGGAAUUUCGUGCGAUCACGACAGCGCCAUAAAGUACUAUGAGAAAGCAGCAAUAGCUGGACAUCCACAGGGCAUGUAUAAAUAUGCUGGAUAUCAGCGCGGGAGAAAACAAGCAUUGUG